GCGCCCGCAGGACCCGGAUGAGAGCGCACGCUUCGGGGUCUCCGGGAAGUCGCGGCGCCUUCGGAUGUGGCGGAUGCGGCCGUGAGCCGGCGGGGGAGGUGCUGCUGCUGCCUCCACUGUACUCAGACCCAGGUAGCACAGGAUUGUCCAUCCUCCAGCAGCUCAGUGCAACGGUGUGAACUCCGCCUGUUUCAGAGCCUCCACACCAUGACCUCCAAGAAGCUGGUGAACUCGGUGGCUGGCUGUGCUGAUGACGCUCUUGCUGGCCUGGUGGCCUGCAACCCCAACCUGCAGCUCUUGCAGGGCCACCGCGUGGCCCUCCGUUCUGACCUGGACAGCCUCAAGGGCCGGGUGGCACUGCUGUCGGGUGGGGGCUCUGGCCAUGAGCCUGCCCAUGCUGGUUUCAUAGGGAAGGGGAUGCUGACUGGGGUCAUCGCGGGAGCUGUGUUCACCUCCCCGGCAGUGGGCAGCAUCCUGGCAGCCAUCAGGGCCGUGGCCCAGGCCGGCACAGUGGGGACGCUCCUUAUCGUGAAGAACUACACUGGGGAUCGGCUCAACUUCGGCCUGGCCCGGGAGCAGGCCCGGGCUGAAGGCAUCCCGGUGGAGAUGGUGGUGAUUGGGGACGACAGCGCCUUCACUGUCCUGAAGAAGGCAGGCCGGCGGGGGCUGUGCGGCACAGUGCUUAUACACAAGGUGGCAGGUGCUCUGGCUGAGGCUGGUGUGGGGCUGGAGGAGAUCGCAAAGCAGGUGAACGUGGUCGCCAAGGCCAUGGGUACCCUGGGGGUGAGCUUAUCCUCCUGCAGCGUCCCUGGUUCCAAACCCACCUUCGAGCUCUCAGCCGACGAGGUGGAGCUGGGUCUGGGGAUCCACGGGGAAGCUGGUGUGCGCCGGAUAAAGAUGGCAACCGCCGAUGAGAUUGUGAAACUCAUGCUCGACCACAUGACAAACACCACCAACGCGUCCCAUGUGCCUGUGCAGCCCGGCUCCUCAGUUGUGAUGAUGGUCAACAACCUGGGUGGCCUGUCAUUCCUGGAACUGGGCAUCAUAGCCGACGCUACCGUCCGCUCCCUGGAGGGCCGCGGGGUGAAGAUUGCCCGUGCCCUGGUGGGCACCUUCAUGUCAGCACUGGAGAUGCCUGGCAUUUCUCUCACCCUCCUGCUGGUGGAUGAGCCUCUCCUGAAACUGAUAGAUGCUGAAACCACUGCAGCAGCCUGGCCUAACGUGGCUGCAGUCUCCAUUACUGGGCGGAAGCGGAGCCGGGUAGCCCCUGCCGAGCCCCAGGAGGCCCCUGAUUCCACUGCUGCAGGAGGCUCAGCCUCGAAGCGGAUGGCACUGGUGCUGGAACGGGUGUGCAGCACCCUCCUGGGCCUGGAGGAACACCUGAAUGCCCUAGACCGGGCUGCUGGUGACGGCGACUGUGGCACUACCCACAGCCGUGCGGCCAGAGCAAUCCAGGAGUGGCUGAAGGAGGGCCCACCCCCUGCCAGCCCUGCCCAGCUGCUCUCCAAGUUGUCUGUCCUGCUCCUGGAGAAGAUGGGAGGCUCAUCUGGGGCGCUCUAUGGCCUGUUCCUGACUGCGGCUGCACAGCCCCUGAAGGCCAAGACCAGCCUCCCAGCCUGGUCUGCUGCCAUGGAUGCCGGCCUGGAAGCCAUGCAGAAGUAUGGCAAGGCUGCCCCAGGGGACAGGACUAUGCUGGAUUCUCUGUGGGCAGCAGGGCAGGAGCUCCAAGCCUGGAAGAGCCCAGGAGCUGAUCUGUUACAAGUCCUGACCAAAGCAGUCAAGAUCAGGAGUGGACCCAACCCCAAAAUCUCUCCUCCCUUGGGUGAGUCCUGUGAUCACAGGGUGUAUCUUUUGAAGACCCUAUUCCCUCCUCUUCACCUUAGAGUUGGGGACCCCACUGCACUCACAAACUGAAGAAAAGCUUCUCAUUAAUGCCCGAAAUGACGGAUGCGAUGGACAGAGAGAGGAUGGCGGCUCCAAAAAAGACGUGGAUAGGUUUUAGGAGGCUGCGCAGCCACAUGGACGCCCAGGGCAGGAGGAAGACAGCAAAGCCCAGGAACCACUGUGGACAAAAGGGAGGACGCACCCGACUGUGCUAUGUGUGACCAAAGCACAUCCCACCCCAUCAGUGCCUCCUCCCCAUCUCUGCUCCCUGGCUCUUCUUUCACAACUCAAACCUUCCCACCUGGCAUUGCCCACUACCGUGCUAGCUUCCUCAUUGUGGCCUAUUACCCAAGCAACAAGAACAGUAAAUGACAUGCUUAGCUACCAUCCCACUCCCAGCAAACCCAACCACCUUGUUUGUCUCUGGUUCCUUCCAGUCCUUGCUCAUAAAACUCUUCACUCGCACAGACCUGAGAUCAGAAUAUGGAAACCACUUCAAGAAUUCUUUUGGUUCACAGAGGUGGGAGUGGGGAAAGUGGAAGCCAGAUGGCUGAUUAGAGUCAGCAUAGUGCGUGCCAUGACAAAGUUAGCAGAGAGCGCUCUGGGAUGAGAGACGGGCAAUGGGAGGGAUAAAAGGAACAGGGUAAGUUCAGGCCACUGACCUCCCACAGCCCUUGAAUAAACUGUCAGUUCUACAAGAUAACAACCUGCAAGUCUCUCUCCAAGCAGUGAGCAGAGGAAUAUUUGGUGCUCAUGCAAGUGAACCCCCAACCAGAGCUCAUGGCUCUGGGAACCUCGAGGAGGAGAACAGAGAGAACCCACCUGGCAGGCGAAGAGGAAGACAGUGGUGAUGCCCAGCCAGCUGUGCAGGGAGUAGAGGUUGGCAGUCCUUCCAUGGUUGUGAAACGUAAAGACAGCAACCAGCCCCACAACAGUGAGGACGAAGGCCAUCAGGUGCAGCGCUGCAUGGAGGAGUUUCCAGGGCAGUUUGGGCCCCACCCACGACUGGGGCAGGCGGUACACCAGCGACGCUGCAGGAGAGAGUAGUGCCAGGGCUCAGCCUCUCCCCUCGAGCUCACCCAGACAUCAGGGAAUAACCCUGAUAGGAUCCUACACAGCUUCCCAGCAAGGGAACAGGAAAUGCUAGGGCACUGGUAUCAACUCCUCGGCAUCUUCUACCCUCCCAUGAUUUGUGGGAUAACAGCCAAGAAGGGAGGAGAGAAGGGCCAGUUAAAAAGGGAGGAGUGGUCAGGCAAGGUGGCUCAUGCCUGUAAUUCCAGCACUUUUUGGGAGGCCAAGGUGGGAGGACUGCUUGAGGCCAGGAGUUUGAGGUUACAGUGAGCUAUGAUCAUGCCACUGCAAUCUAGCCUGGGCCACAGAGAGAAAUAAAUAAAUAAAUAGAUUCCAAUUAAAAA